ACGCCCACUCCUGUCGUCCUCGAGCUUGGUCCCGUGACAGAGGCUUCACUUGUCAGCUGAUAUCGUCUCCAACGGCACUGUUGGGAAAAACAAUGUUUUUUGGAUAGAUAAAACCAAAUAAACAGUUGCGAAUUCAUUCAAACGACCACUAAAAUGUUGUCCCGUCUACUGAAGGAGCACCAGGCGAAGCAAAAUGAGCGGAAGGAGCAGCAGGAGAGACGCAGGCGUGAAGCUAUUUCUGCAGCCACCUGUCUGACAGAAGCUCUGGUGGACCACCUCAAUGUUGGUGUUGCCCAGGCAUACGUGAACCAGCGUAAGCUCGACCAUGAGGUGAAGACUCUCCAAGUCCAGGCAAGCCAGUUCUCCAAACAAACUGCUCAGUGGAUCAGUAUGGUGGAGGGUUUCAAUCAGGCCCUAAAGGAAAUUGGGGAUGUGGAGAACUGGGCCCGCAGUAUUGAGAUGGACAUGAGGACCAUUGCCACAGCUCUGGAGUACGUACACAAGGGUCAACUUCAGUCUGCUUCCUCAUAAACUUCAUGUUGGGAUGUUUACAGCUGAAACUAAACACGCUGGAAUCAAACAGGAGUCCAGUUGACUAUCAGCAAAGACACAAGCAGCAAUGACUUUGCUCAUCUGCGAGCUUGUCUGAGUGGGCUGACACUGACGGUUGCUUUGUUCAGAGAAAUGCUGAAAGUCUGAAAUAGAUCUAACAUCUAUUUAGCAGUGACCUUAAUUUAUAAGUGGAUAAUUGGUUUACAAAAACUUGAUUUUGGAAGGUGUUGCAUGUAAAAAGUCACUUCACCUGCUUAUGUUUGGUUUAAGACAACAAUCCUAAAAGUGUUUUAUAGGAAGGUUUUUGUUCAGCACCUGAUACCUAAAUUAUGUGUGUCUAUGUUUAUGUAAUAUGUCCCUCUGUAUAAAGAUAACUUGACUUGUUUUGUCAGACAACUUAACUUUAACUUUUGUUACGAUUUAGUAAUUGAACUUUAUUUUUAAUAAAGUUAAACAAUGCA